AUGUGGGUAGCGUUUGGGUUUGUCCUCGUCUCAUGUAAGUAAAUAUUAUUCUCAUCAUCCUACAGCUAGUUUGAUAUGUAUUGGUCUGGUAUUUGCUUCCUAACAAGAAGCUCUGUUUUUAUUUCUAGUAUUGAUCUUAAAAUUUGGAUGGGGGAGAAACAUCUGUUAAGAAAAUAAAAAAUAUGAAAAAAUUAAACUCUUGCUUUGUGAUGAGCUAAAAUAUGAAAGAACACAUUUCGAAAAGAGGUUUCAGCGAUGAAAAAAAAUGAAACAUUUUUUUUAUCUCCACAUCGUCUCAAGAGAGUGGUUUAACGAUGUGUAUUUGCUUAUUCGAAUGAUGAAUGUAUCAUCAGAUGUAUAGAGUUGGUCCUUUCAUCAUUGUCACAACCAAAAUGUGUAAACGAGGUUGCACAUCUCUUUUUGGCAAACUGACGUAGGCUGGAAUGAAAUUCUGUUUUGAUGCAUCGAAAGAUUUUCCACCUUUGUCAGGAAAGCUUGGAAAACUUUGCUAAAUAAAAUAAUGUACGUUAUAAAAACAAAGAAACUUUCAGAGACUUGCAAAAUUAUCCCGAAAAUAAUACUUUUGUUUUUAAACAGUGGAAGUAACCACUAAAUACAACUGCAGCAGAGUGGUUAAGAAACAAAACGCUCUAACUUAUACAUAAAAUCAUAAGAAACAUUUCCGUAGUAACCAUCUGUUUCAGUGCUAUUGCAUGAUAAGUUCCUGAAGGAACCCUGGAGUAUGCUUUUUUUUUCCUAUUCAUAUGCUAAAAUCUUGAAACAGUGAUCAUUUGUUUGCUCGUGUUUCCAGCAUAAACGAGAAAAGAAAUGAAUUCCUAAUCUCUACGAAUUUCAAGUUUAAUUCCAAAAAAAAAGUAAAAAGCCUUAAUAAGAAUAUUUUUUGUGGUCUGUUUAUUUAUUCGUUUGUAUGUCGUUGUAUGUCGAAAGCUCUGGUUUUGUUUGUUACCUUGCAUCUUAUGAACCAUGGCAUAAGCAUUUAGUGAUGCUCUUAUUUUCUAACAUGAAGUGAUAAAAAAAAUGUGAGUGUCUUGAAUUCAAAGAUUUGACUUUUAUGAUGAUUUGGCUUUUGUUUUAACGCAUAAUUAUUUUUUCCUCGCUUUUCCAAAUGACAUCGCAAAAUACUAGUUUUAUCAAAUUGUCGUCGUUUUUACGCUAAGCUUGCUGCUAUUGUUCAAACUUUUAUUCUCAGAAUAGAUUAAUAUCAACAAAAAUCACACAUCAAAUUAUGAUGUAAAAAUCAGUGAUGUCUGAAAGGUAUUUAUAAUUUACUAAAUGCAAGUUCCGCUCUUAGAGAUAAACGUGAAAAGUUUACCCUUACAUUAUCUCAGAUGUAGCAGGCUACACAGAGGCAAGUGAGUACAGCAUACAUGAUGCAAAGACCCUCUGGUCAGCAGCUGCCGAGAACUGCAAGCGGAAUGCUUCACUAUUGGUUGUGCUUGAUUCUCAGUACAAACUCGACCAGCUGGCUAAUCGUCUUCCGUCUCAAGGAAACAAUAAUAGAAAUAGGUAUUGGAUCGGACUUGUUUACAAUGGAUCAACGGGACAAUUAUUUUGGAGUUCUGGUGUUGUUGCUGACAAAGUGUUAAUAACCAACUCUAGCUGCAGAAAACACCCGAGAGCGCUUAAACAAAAGGACUUGUGUUACUUGGUGAAGGAGGGUCACUCUAUUUGCUUUGAAAAGCAAGAAUGCAACAAGAACCAUCGGUAUGGUUACAUUUGCCAACCAGUUACCAACAGAGGUAAUUAUUCAAUGAUAAUAACAACUGCGUUUUAGCCCAAAAUGCACAACUGACCUAGAACAAACAAUUGAUUAGCGGCCAGCAUUCUAAGGAAGCAGUUGCAAAACAUUACGAUCACCUAAAAAAAGGAGGAAAAUGAUUUCUCUCAUUAUUCCAAUGAUAAAUGCAAAAUAUUUUGUAAAACGCUAAAAAAGGACACAAAAAUCUCCAGAUUUAUCCCUGAGGAAUUCCCUUGAAUCUGACUUUUGAAAUUUGACGUUUUUGAUAUAUUAGUAUCGCCCACCACAUCAAGUAGUCCAGCACCAACAGUCCAAGGUACCACUUCAAGGCAUAAUACAGCAGCGAAAUUUAAUGCCUCUGUAGGCUUUACAAAUCCGGUGAGUGAUAUAAGCACAAAAAUUCGUUCAAGAGAUAUCUCUUACCUACAGUCUCUUGCCAAGGAUAUAGUCAAGCGUUUCUAUCGUCUCUUUUCAAAUUUAUUCGCCUUAGUCUGACGGAGGCCUAACACAUGCAAAUUUUUAUUUUCAACAGUUGUCGAAGUUUUCUUCCGUCAUGAGUUCCCUCAAUCCAAAAGAUCCAUUUUCUUUAAAGGUAAGCCCUCACUAGCUCCUAUGCUUUAUCAGGAUCUAAGUAAAACUUUAGCUUCAAACUUUGUCCAGCGAGAGUUUUAUUUAUGACGAUUAAUUCACCGAUAAAACAGAUUAUCGUCUAUUAUGAAUAUAUCAUAUAUGACGCAACUCAUGCUAUUGUUUUUAAAAUUCUCAUUCACAGCUUGCGACAAAUGCAUUUAGAGGCUUUGCCGAGUCCUUAAAGUCAAACCGCGAUAAAAGAGAGAGGAAAGUUAAUUUGAUUUAUUCCACUCAACUUAUUGAAGAGUUUGCAUUCAGAUACGCGUCCUUCAACUUGAAUUCAACCAAUAAUGAAGAGAGGACCGAAAACGAACACAUAGGUAAAUCACCGUCUUCAGGUGACCAAAGGUUUCCAAGGCGCUCGUAUCCUCUUUAUUCAAAAUUUUACGAGAUCCUGGUUGGUAAAGACGCAGAAAAGUUGCACUCACCAUUUUGCUUGUUCUUUUUUAUUUCCAAUUUGUAGUCAUACAAGUAUCAUUAGUACCAAAGGGUUAUCGUCAAAAUUUCACAUUUACAGGAGCGAAGGGCGUGGACGAAGAAGCGAGAAUUACUCUUCCUUCUUUUUUGUUUCAAACCAAGGGUAAAUAUGUGAAUAAGCAAUUUCCUUGUCGAAAAACUAAUUCCUCAAGCUUAUGUAAAUGUAUACUGGCAUGUGCAAUGCUGUUUCUGCUUCGAAAGAUAAAAAAAUUGGAUGAUGUUCAAAGUACACAAAUUUCUCUUCGUUCCUCGACAUUCCGCAUUUAUAUUUUGUUCAUGAUUAUUGAUUUAAUAGACGCACUGUCAAGAAGUACUCUGUCUCUUCUGUCUGUUAUUCUGAUUCCCACUUUAGCUAUAUCCCAAGCAAUGUGUGUAUUAUAUCUUUUCCUUCUCGUAAAAUUUUUUGCCUUCAUUUUCAGAGACUAUUGCGGUUAAUGUGUUAUACAGAGAUCUCCAUGAAUUUCUCGACAACUUGGGCUCCAGGUAAUUCCUAUUACAGAUUUGGUAAUCUUUUGAUGUGUAUUCAUCGAAAAAAGUUGAUUGCGUGUCCUUGUUGGGACUUACAAUGUUCGUCUGUUUCACAGGGAAGGUAAAAUUCACUCCGUGAUCCUAGGAAGUGACGUUGGACCAUCUAAACAGAAAAUUUUCACAGAAAACGUCACAAUCGUUUUCCACACUUUGGAGGAAAAGGUAAAUGAAAUAAGGUCACUACUCAUUUAUAUAUGACUGUUUUUCUAUUUAAAAAAUCAUCAUAAUUGAGGUGCUUCUGUCGUUUUAGGGAAAGUACAAGAAAUCAAGGCUAGAUUGUGCAUUCUGGCAGUGGAAUAAUUCCCUUCCGUAAGUAGGCUAUUUUCCAAAAUUCGAAGCCUUCGCAUUGAUCUCAAAUUCCCAACUUUAAGACCACUCUUUCAUAUUAAACAGUCGUGUAAACGGUUUUUAGAUCAAAGAAUGCUCCUUCUUCGAGAUUGUCUAUUGAAGCUUCAUUUGGAAAAAAAGGUCUUCUUGACAAGUUUUCUCUUCCUUUUGCAUUGUGAAAAAUCGAUGAAAAUAUAUUGACAGCUGUCCUUGUCAUAAGUUUCACAAGACACUUUAUAAACAAAGAAGUUUUCUAAUGUGCUUGACUCGACAAGGACUGUUGUCGAGGAAAUUCUACGUGGGAUAGGAAAGAAAUUGUACUUCAGUUUUCUUUCUGGUUGCUAAGGAAACUUUUAGGUGCAAAUGGGAAUAAAUUGAUAAAUAAUGCGCUUGGUUUUAUGACCUGAGUUUGACUGUGAUAUUGGUUCAUUUUCAGAGAUAAUGGAAGUUGGUCAGGCGAUGGUUGUUCACUGGUGAAAUCAAAUACGACCCACGUGGUUUGCACGUGUAACCAUUUGACGAAUUUCGCUAUUUUAAUAAACAUCGAGAAACAAGAGGUACAAUUAUAUAUAUAUAUAUAUAUAUAUAUAUAUUUAUAUUGCCUGUGUAGCUGGUUUAAGGGGCUUGAAAAAAAGUGUUUUUCCAUUUUUUUUUUCCCUACAGUUUCCAGAGGAACACAAGAAAGCCCUCUCCUAUAUGACAUACAUAGGAGUUGGCAUUUCAUUGCUCGGCGAAACAGUUACUUUUAUAGCAUAUUUCUUACUUCUGUGAGUACCUAUAAAUUGACCAUUUUUCAACUGAUUGCUAAGUUUGCCAAGUCUUUAAAUAGGAGACGCUGCUCUUCACAAUGUUUAUCGUGCGCGAGACCAAAGCGGGCAAUCCCGAGCGAGCAAGAUAGGCCCAUCUUGCCUAUCAGAGCACAGGAUUCGCUUUACAUUCCCCACGGGCGCUGUUGGCGAUGUGAUAAGAUACCAUAUUGCGGGGGUAUAGUUUAUUCUUCCUUAAAGCUGACCUUGCCCGUGGAAGGCUUUGGACCAAUUAGGCGUACAUCAUUUAUUAGUCGAACGGCGUAUCAAGAGUUUCAUUGUAUUUUCUAAAGCUCUUUAUUAAACUAACAAGAUAAUUUUUCCUUCUGUUUUUGUUUAUGUUUUGAUUUUUCACUUUAGAUGUUCCAGUCAUGAUCAACAAAGUCAUGUGCAUAUAAACUUGGUUGCCACCUUAGCUGUUGCUCAGAGUAUAUUUUUGGCGGGAAUCAACGCCACUCAUAAUCAGGUGACAUACCUUUUAAAGUUCCAAUGGUACUUAAUAUCUAUAAAUUUUUAAGUCGUAUGGUUCUUGCAUUCCUUUGAGUAGGGCUUUGAAGCCAGGGCAUAGUAUAUGCUAACGAGAUAAUCGACUAGACUAAAUUUUUUUUUACUAAAAAAUAUCGUUUCAAUGUGCGAAAAUAUCUCAGGAUUUACAAAAGCUAUCUUAUCCUCUUUAGGUACUAUGUAUAACUGUUGCUGCUCUGAUUCAUUACUUCUAUUUGUCAUCCUUCUGUUGGAUGCUAAUAGAAGGUGUUAUGCUGUAUCUACUGAUCAUAGAAGUCUACAAUACUGAGCUCAGAUUGCGUCUCUGUUAUCUGUUUUCUCUGGGUAAGUAUUCCUGAAAGGUGAGUCGCUGACCACUUCCCACACUUGGGAUAAAAGAAAACGACUCAUCCCCUACAUUAACACACUGAAAGGAACAGCAACAAACACACCUAAUUUUAAAGGGGGAUGGAUGUUGACCAAUCAAAUUGAUUUACAGCUAAAAGUGUUGGCCAAAACUGACCAAUCAGUAUCACGAUCUAACUAAAGGCUAAAGUUCGAAACGUCGGCUUUAGUAAUUCUUUAUGGUGACCAAUUUAAAUUAUCAACUCAGUUGAUAAAACAAAAUUAAUUCCUUGAGAAUGUUCACUUUGGUACUUGCAGGCUUUCCAAGUCUUGUUGUUGGAGGAACCCUGAUAUUUGCUUCUUUAAACGAGCCGGGUAUAGACCAGUACAUAAACAAAAAUUGGUAAGAAUUAUUCACGUAUUUCUCCUAAAACAUCAUAUAUCUAAAAGUAAAGUACUUCGCCACGACAAACAUAAUUUAGCUAAAAUCCGUAUUCGUAGAUUUUGCUUCGUUUGAUCAAUCGAUCGAACGACUGAAUGAAAAACCGAAGGAACAAGCGAGCGAAUGAACUACACAUCAAAUGAACGAAAUGACUAAUGAAAGAUCAAACGACAAUAGAACGAAUGAAACAAGACUAGAAUUUCACGAAAAUAUGAAUCAAAAUAUGUAUCAUGUACUAUUAUGAUUAUACCUACCUCGUAAAGGGAAGUAAUUUUAGUUACAACUUGUUUCAGGUGCUGGCUUUCAACAGAGAAUUAUUAUAUAUGGUCGUUCGCUGGACCAGUAGUAGUUAUAAGUUUUGUAAGUAUAAAUACUGUAAAAGAAAUUCACGACACCCUUCGAAAGACUCAAAUAUAUUUAUAGAGAGGCGAUCAGUGUUCAGGAAAACCUCGUGAUAGGACGUAGCUUAUGUUGGUGGCGUGAUCUUUUAGGACAGGCGCGUCACUUAAGUCAGUUUUUGUUUUUUUACUAUAUGUAGUAAAAAGCCUUAAGGACCAGUAAUUUAUUGCGGUUUGUCUCUAUCCAGGUGAAUAUGGUUGUGUUUUGCAUUGUUGUAAAAGAAAUGGUGAACAUGACGAGCAUGCAGUCAAAUAAAUUAAGCCGAGUCAAGUGAGUAUCAGUAAUGAAGUAGUUGUCCUCUCUUUUGCCUUAACUCUUAAUGUACUCAGAGAGACACAUGUACACGUGAAGGACCUAAUUUUGGAGCGGCUAGAAACAUAAAUUAUGACUCUGGAACCAAGUAUAAGUUAAAUGCGAUACAAAGGCUUCCAUAUUAUUUUGGCUUAAUUUCAGAGCCAUGGCCAUGAAAUUAAAUAAAGAAAAGUAGAAAUCGUCUUUAAUUUCAUCUGGUACAACUGGCAUACAAAAAAAUAACGAAUAGAGGCAUUUCUUGUCAUCAAAACUGCUUCGUGUGAGAGCUGCUUCAUUUUCAAACGGAAUCCCUUUCUUCCUUAUCAUUUCUCUCUCUGAGAGGGAAAAGAUUGACCAAUCAAUACAAUUUGACGUUUUCGUCUGCGUUUUAUCCCAGGACAACCGUAAAGGCUUGCAUUGUGUUAUUUCCUCUGUUGGGGGUCACGUGGCUCUUUGGGUUAUUGAGUAUGAUAAAUUUCAGUGUUACGUCACAGUACAUCUUCACUUUACUGAACUCUCUUCAGGUGAGAAUAUAAAAUACUGCUAAACAAAAAAACUUAUUCUUUUGCGUAUAUUUCAGACUAGUUUAACUUCAACAUUUACUGUGCUAUGUAAAGUGCUACUACACAUUGAGGUGGAUCAUUUGAUUAGCUGCAACGGAUUUUGAACAAGUUUCUGUGUUCUCAGGAACGGAUUGGAAAAUGGUUUUGAAUGUUGAUAGAUCUUUCUGAAAUACAAAUCAAAAGUAGCAAGGAGUUUAAGGAAAACAAAAUUGACAAAAUAUACGUCAAAUAAGAAAAGAUUAUAAAAUCCACCACCGUGGAUGUGAUUCCUUUCACCAAUAUUAAUUUUUAAAAUUAUUAUUAAGAGUACUAUUAGUUUCUUAAUGAUGUAAGUAAUGCGUGAUAGCAUUAAAGAUGAUGAACGAUAUCCUCAUUUAGCUAGUUCGUGAUAAAUAUUUCACACAACAAAGAAAUUUUUCUUUAAACGCAAAUUAAGUAGCUACGAACUUAAAGGUCGACGCAAAUAGUAAUCCAUGCUGGCAAGACAGAAAAUUAUCUCUCGAGGCUGAAACAUUGAUCUAUAAUUUCUAGUAUUCUCUGAGCUUGACUGUUUAUUCGCAUGACCAACCAUGGCAAAAGGAAGCGGUUGGAAUUCUAAACAUGUUUAUUUAAUUACUUUCCUCCAAGGGAUUGAUGAUUUUCAUUUUUCACUGUGCGAGAAAUACUGAGGUAAGAUUUUCCUGAUCGCAUUUGCUCAUGCUAAAGGUAAGUGAAAAAUACUACUGACCGAAUCGGUAAAGAAACAAUGUUAAGGGCUCCAUGGGAAAAGGUACACUUCAUAUGUAAAUAAUAGUUUUAGAAUUCUUGUUCUCACACUCUUAAUGAAGUCACAACCUGUUUCCUUGGCAACAGAAUAGGAUGAAUAAAAGCCAGAUUAUGAAAUUGUCGAUGCCGAGAAAAACUAAUAUUGAAAAAGUUUUCUCUCUCAUUUCUCAAGGUUAAACUUGUAUGGAGCAACAAGUUACAAAGGAUGAAGAAACGAGCUUGUCACUUUUUUAGAAUCCAAGGCCCUUCCCAAACCAACGUAAGCGGAGAAAACAUUUCAGACAAAAAUAAACCUUCUGAAGUAGAACUUAGCAGAAGGAAAAGCAAGAUCGCUCCUGCUGAUGGAUAGGACAAACAAUCACGAGCGAUCACGUUCACGCAAACAUAUCAUCACGUCCAAGGUGAAACUUCCAGGAAGGAAAGACAAAAAUUACUUUAAUUAAUCGAUAUGAUGAGGUAUCAUAGUCACAACCAAGUUUCUUCAUGACAGCAGUGACUUUGAUUUUGAACGAGCGUGCUGGAGACGAAUUUUUUUUGUUCACCUAAGAUAAACCACAUCAAGACAUUUAAUGCAAAGCAAAUACUUCAUGAUAGGAACAAUUUUAUCUUGGAAAAUGAUAAAGUCUUGGACAAAACUGACUAAUCGCCAUAAUCAUCUGUCUAAUCAACUCCCAGGUCACGUACGUCGAUAAUUUACAU